CCCGCCCUGCACAUCAUCGCGAGAGAGCGCAUACCGAAUCACGAGAAACUUUUGCCCGGAGCGUGCGACGAUAGUCACCAACACAUACGCGAAGAUGGGUGAUAGCUUUCUGCAUCUCGCCCGGCCGCUGGCUCCGGCUGUCGUCUCAACACAAACCGCGUCGACUGCACCAGUGACGGUCACUGUUCAACCACAGGCUCUAUUCUCAAUUCUCGACCAUGCCUCUCGACGACCAGCAGAGCAAGAGCGAGUCAUCGGAACACUUUUAGGAGUCAGAUCAGAAGAUGGAACCGAGGUCGAAAUCCGGAAUUGCUACGCAGUGCCCCACACAGAGACUGCUGAGCAAGUUGAGGUGGACAUGGACUACCAAAAGCGCAUGCUCGAACUACACCUGAAAGCGUCGCCCAAGGAGAUCCUCAUCGGAUGGUAUGCGACAAGCAGCGAGCUCAACACCUUCAGCGCAUUGAUUCAGAACUUUUAUUCGCAACAAGGCGAAGGCACAUUCCCGCACCCCGCAGUUCACCUCACAGUCUCGACGGUCCCAGGCCAGGAUAUUGCAGCCAGUACAUACAUCAGCGCGCCCAUUGGCGUUACAGCGGAACGUGCUGCAGAUUCGUGCCUAUUCAUUCCAGUUCCGCACGAGAUCAAAUACGGAGAUGCGGAGAAGAGCGGAUUGGAAUUGAUUGCAGCUGCACGAGAUCGUGAGGAUAGAUUACAUCCGGUUCACACCGAUAUCGAGACUCUGGAGCGGGCGAUAGAACAUGUUCUGGAGAUGCUGGAGCGCGUCAGCACCUAUGUUUCAAACGUGUUGGAUGAGGAAGCUGAGCCCAGUUCUGCUCUGGGUCAAUUCCUGCUCAACACGCUCAGUCUUGCUCCCAAAGUCGAUUCAGAAGAGAUCGAGAAGGACUUCAACAACCACAUUCAAGAUGUCCUUUUGGUCUCAUACCUCGCCAACACAAUCCGCACACAAAUCGACCUGUCAAACCGUCUUGCGACAGCGACCUUGACAUCAGGUGGCGAGGCGACAGGCAACACAGAUCAGAAGGGUGGUCAAAGAGGCGACCGUCAGCAAAACCAACGAUCAGGAGCUGGCCAAGGUGGCCGGCGAGGAGAGCAGUAGUCCUUGACAUUUCCUUGCGACUAGGCCAGCACUUGCAGGACUUGGUCGGGUUUGAAGAAAGAUUUCUUUAGUAGAAAAUAGCUACUACUCAAUUUAGAUUCAUGGCUCCAAGCAGAGGAGCCUUUGACUUUAGCAAACGCUGUGUCCAGCAUGUGAAAACUUUCGAAGAUGCCCGAAUAUCGUAUGACGUGCGUGAUUGACAGACCUUGCAAACUCCCGACGCCUUCGCUAACCCGCAGAACAACACGCGUGAGUUAACAGAAUUCAGCUCGAUGCUCUCUUUGGAGCAGGAGCCUUUGUCGCCCCAUCAUCCUCCGCCUUUCUCUUUCUUCGCCCCCUACCAGGACCUUUGUACUUCAUUUCGGUUUCCUCAACACCCGCCAUUCC